GGUAGUUUCGACACUUUUGUUGCGUUAUCCAGUUUGAUGUCACUCUCUUCUGUGGAAGUUCCAGGAAGGUGACGGGGGAAUGACACAGAAAAAGUGGGAAAAAAUAGGCAAAUGCGGCAGCUGCUGAAUCAUAAAGUCUGAAUGCAUCAUCCUUAGUGACAACAUUUUGGAGAAGUCCCUGCAGCAUAAAGGCUGUGCCACUGUCCUAUAAAAACAAUCAUUCAGAGCACUUUCACUUCAAAUCCAUCACUGGCUUUCAUCCUGCCUGUAUAUGUGAGUGAGACCAUGACUGCACCCCAAACCUUCUGAAAGCUCUUUGACAAAAGAUGCAAUCAGAUGGUCCUCCCGCUCCACCUCCUCCACCACCACCACCUCCUCUGCCACCACCACCGCCACCACCUCCACCACCUCCAGCCCCUGGCCUUCCUCCAUCCCUACAUGGCCCGUGCCUCAUUGCAAAAGGGGAGCGCAGGCGCUCUAGGAUGCGUAAUUUCAACUGGGAAACCCUUCCUAAGCACACUGUGAUAGGAAAGCAUAACAUCUGGACAUCAGAUAAGACUGAUGAGGAAUAUGAGCUGGACACUGAUCACAUGGAGGAGCUGUUCAGCCACAAGCAGGGCCAGCAACAACUCAAGGCCCUGAACUGCCAGAGUCUGAGGCGCCUGCCAACUGCUGCCUCAGGAGGGGAACUGGUUUCCAUCCUCAACUCCAAGAGAAGCAUGAACAUCGGAAUUUUCCUCAAGCAAUUCAAGCGGCCUGUAAAAGAAAUGAUUGAAGAAAUUAAAUCAGGAAGUAGUCUCAGUUUUGGUUCUGGAAAACUGAGGGAGCUGUGCAAGUUGCUACCAGAUGAAGGGGAGGUGAAGCAGCUGGUCACUUUCAAGGGUGACCACUCCGCUCUCCCUGAAGCAGAUCUGUUCAUGCUAAUGCUGGUCAAAAUUCCCAGUUAUGAAGAGCGUCUCAGCAGCUUAGUGCUCAAAGAGGAAUUUUUCCCCCUCGUGGAAGAAAUGAAAGACUUCAUUGGCACGUUGACAGCUGCUGGAAAGGAGCUGUUGGAGUCUGAUCAUCUGCAUUCUGUCAUUCGCCUGGUGCUGAAGACUGGAAAUUACAUGAAUGCUGGUGGCUAUGCAGGCAGUGCCAUUGGCUUCCGAAUGGCUUCUCUGUUGAAGUUAGCAGACACCAAAGCAAACAAACCUGGAAUGAACCUAAUGCAUUAUGUUGUGAUGCAAGCUCAGAAAGCAGAUAUGGCCCUGCUUAAAUUUCCAGAACAACUCAAACACAUUGAAGCUGCAGCAAGAAUGAAUAAAGGUGAUGUGGAAGCAGAGUUUGGAAGACUGGUAAAGAGAGUACGAGAUGCCAAUGCGGACACCUUGAAGCAGGAAGACCUAAAGGCACAGAUGGAGGAUUUUGUAAAGGAAGCUGAGGUCUGCUUGGCAGAAAUGGAGACGGAUCUACAGGAAUUGCAAUCAGUGAGUAACUCUGUGGCAGAGUACUUCUGUGAAGACCCAAACAAGUUCAAAUUGGAGGAAUGCUGCUCAAUUUUCAACUCUUUUUGUGGAAGAUUUCUGCGGGCCAUGCAGGAAAACAAGGCUAGAGAAAUGGCAGACGUGAAGCGGAGACACAGAGAUAGAUUACAAGUUGCUGCUAAGCGCAGGUCCACAGCUACUUGUUCCAGUAGAGACAAGGAAAUGGAUGGUAUUGCAUUAGAGUCCGUCCUACAGAGCUUCCUUACCAAUCGUAUCUCUCGGAGGAGAUCUGGAAAACCCUCGUCCACUCAUGGGAGCCCCACGGGAGGAAGCCCCAACAAUGGGAGCUUAUCAGAAAUUACCUUGCUGGCAAAUGUCCCCACUGGAAAUCAAAAGAGAGGUGGCUUAUUCAGAGCUAAGGAGAUGGGCAGAAAAGAGUGGAAUUCAGCAGCUGAACUCACAGAAAACUCUUCACAAAUCAAAGCCAAAUCAAAUGGCGAGGAGAGAAAGGCAAAAGGUGGCUUUCCGCAUGAAGAAGAGAUGAAAACUUCCAGAAAAGAUGACUCACACCCAACCAAAAGAACCCCAAGCAUUUCCUCCUCAGUCAGAACUUUCUCAAACGCCACUGAUGAUGAUGAGGAAGAUAUACAGGACAAUAAUGAGGAGGAGGCCCAAAAGUUGCGUGAAGCAUCUAAGAAAGUGUUGCGCUUUCAGAACAGCCGUGGCAGUGUCUCAUCCGGGGACUAUUCUCUGGAAAAUCCGAAAUCUCCUGGUCCAAGUACCACCUUGCCUCGUCAGCGCACCGUUGAUGAGGACACAGAGCGGUAUCCUGGAGACCCAACCAAUGAAGAUUUGGUCAAAUUUUUGCUCAAUCCUCCGUCCACCUCAAAACGUAACCUUGGCCGCCGCUAUACUCUGCCUACCAAAGUCCCGAAAACAGAGGAAGAGGAAGAUAAUCUGCGUGAUCAGCCUCCAAUCAGAACUCCUAUUCCUGUGGCAGGAGAGAAAGGGACACCGUCAACAGAGGGGGCUGAACACAAUCCCUCAAAACAAGUGUUUGAUUUUCAUGAUGUAUCUCACAACUUUAAAAACUCUGGUGCUCAAGACCAGAAUUCUCCAUCAGCAGAAAAAAGAAGCAAGACAAAUGUUUCUUCAGCCCAUGUUCCAGAUGAAAGGCUUGUGGAGCAAAGCCAAGAGGGCAAAUCAAUGGAUCCUGGCAACCACUUGCAGAGGAAUAGUGAAAAUACUCCCCACAAGAGUACAUGGAUUAAGACUGAGACCUCUGGACUAUUUUUUAACUUUUUUAAGCGCCUUGGAGAUAUGAGCAAACUGCCAAACAGCAAGGAAACUGUUCGUAAGGGCAGCGAUUCUAGUGUAUAGACUUUCAAAGAUAUGAAAUUUAAAGUCAGGGAAGCGCAUCUAACUGUUACUUGUAAUUAACACCAUUGUGGUGGUGAGGUAGUGUUAUUUAAAUUGAUAAUGGGUUGUAAAGGUUGUAAAGAGACAGAAAAGUUCUGGGAAUGUUGUUGGAGAGUUUUUGCUGAGGAAAAGGUAUUUUGUAUGUUGUACCACUAGAUGGCAGAAUAUGACUGUAAAAUGGUAAGCUGUUGUACAGAAAAUCUGUAUAUUGUCUAGUCAACAAAGGAGAGAUGGACACACUCACUGUAAAGCAUUUUGUCGUAACUUUUUAUCCAUAUGUGAUAAAAUUCCCUUGACAGUAUGACAUUGUCCUCACCAGUUGGUGAAUGUUGAGUGCGACGAUAAGACAACAGAGUAAUCAAACUGUUUUAAAAUCUUGGUUAGAUUGUUAUUUUUGAUACUUUGAUAAAUGACUACUGUAUGCUUGAAUACAACAUUGUUAUUUUCA